UGAGAUUUCUCAACUGCAAUCGGGUGAAAGAGACAUAUUUAGCCGUCUAGCCCCAUAGACUCCCAUUCAUUUUGCAAUUGGAGGAUCGCCCCCAGUGGAACUAUGAUGAAACUACAACCAAAAUUUGCUACAAAAGGACUUCAUCGGAAGUGGCCAGGCUUUCCAAAGGGCUUUUUGCACUCAUGUUUGCUCGAAGAAAUCCGGCUGCCAUGUUUAACCGGUCGUAUUCAUAAGUCGUAUUCCUAGUUUCUUUCUGUAUGUUUCGUUAGUAGGGUUUCGUUGCGUGGCAGCAGAAGAUGCCAGAGCACUGUGCAGCAUUCUCCUGUUCUAAUCGGCGGACCAUCGGACCAAAUAGGGGCCGGGGGAUUACAUUUCACAAGUUUCCCAAGGACAAAGUUAUGAGGAAGAAGUGGGAAGUGGCUAUGAGGAGAAAAGGGUUCCAUGCAAGUAAUUCAUCCGUCCUUUGCUCUCAACAUUUUCAGCAGGGUGAUUUUGAUAGGACGGGUCAGACUGUCCGACUCCAAAAUAAUGUUAUUCCAUCCGUCUUCAGCUUCUCGGUUCACCCCAAAAGAUUGGAAAAGGUCAGGACUACGUCUACCUCCAGAAGAGCUGCAGAAAGCCAGUCCGUGGACUCUAAGGAUUCCCAGAAAAUAGCAACCUCAAGCCCAAAACCUCAGCCUAAUGAUGAUCAUCGCUAUGCCUUGCCUGUUUCUCUUACCGCUCUUAAGACCAAACUCAAUGAAGCCUUGGCAAGAGUGGAAAGUCUAGAGCGAGAGAAGAAGAAUUCCAAGGCCAGAGAAAAGAGGGCAAAAACUACAGUGAAUAGUAUUUUGGGGGAUUUGAGAGGAAAGAACCUCAUUAAUGACGAGCUCAAAGAGAAGCUUAAAUUAUACUCUGAUCUUCAGUUAGACCUCGUGGCAAAGCAAGGCCUCGUGUACACAGAAGACUACAGAGAGUUUGCGCUCACGCUCAAUCUACAUGGUCCAAAGGCAUACAAAUACCUCAGAGAGACUCUACAUUUACCCCUCCCACAUCCACACACAAUACAAAGGUGGCUACAUUCGGUGGAUUCCAAACCUGGCCUGAACAAGAUGAUGCUGUGUGAGUGUGAGAGUACGUGUGUGUGUGAGAGAGUGUGUGUGUGAGAAAGAAAGUGUGUGUGAGAGAGAGUUUGUGUGUCUGUUUGUGUUUAUUUAUGUGUCUGUUCGUGUGUGUGUGUGUGUGUGUCACAAAUCAUAAAUUGUUUCUUCAAACUUAUUAAAUUAUCUUAAUUUACUGCAA